GCUCUCCAAAUUCCAAAGCCUCUUCUCUCUCUCUCUCUCUCUCUACUGUGUUAGAAAAACUCGAAAAGCUCAAGUACUUGCUUGCACGCAGGCCCACACGCUGCUUCGUCACAAGCCUCAGAAAACUCUCUCUCUCUCUCUCUCUCUACAGUGAUCCGGGAGCAGAGCAAUGCUUUGAAGACGACGAUGGCGAGAGAGCGAGGCUUGAGCUGGGGCGGUCAUCAAUGGCCGCCGAUCGGAGCUCCUCUCUACCACCACCACCACCGUCACGACCCCCGCUCGCUGACGACGCCGCCGGGCCACGGCGGCGGCGGCGGGAGGCAGUUCGAGUACGACUCCGUCAACGCGGUGUCCUUCGGCUUCGUGGCCACCGCCGUCCUCAUCUCCAUGUUCCUGGUCAUGGCCAUCUUCGAGAAGUUCCUCCGCCCCUCCCCCUCGCCCGGCGGCGCUCGGCGGCGCUCGGAUCUCGCGCCCCGGGGCCUCGCCGGGAAACUCGGCCACCCGUCCCCGAAAAUGACUGUGUAUGAUGAUGGAGUUUCAGUGCUCAUGCCCGGGGACGACAUUCCGUCGUACAUUGCCCAUCCAGCUCCGGUGCCUUGUCCCCGGGAGAACAUUUCGUGGCCUCCUCACCGAUCUGACGCCCCAGCUUGAUCGCCUCGCGAAAUUCAUGCUCGAUCACCAAACGAUCGGCCCACUUUCAGUGCCCACCACGGCAUCGAGCUGUGAGGAUGUUUGGACUUUGAUGUCAUUCUUGAGUCAAGGAUGAGAGGUUUUUUUCGGGGUCUUCUCUUUUAGUGAUGAGCUCCCUGAUUUCUUGUACAGAUCAUCAUAGAGUUUGCAAAGGAAGUACUGCUUUGGGCUUCAUUUUUAGCUCUCUUCUAGUGAGCCAUUCUUCUUUUGAUCUUUAGUCUUGAAAACUUUACUUUUCCAAAA